AUGCACACCGUAAUCGCAUCAAACUCAUCACCUCCUACAGAUCCACCGUCAACAUCCACUCUCGAAGCUACGGCCUCUCCAUCGACCUCAGCUCCAGGCUCGGCAACCGCUUCCGCUUCCGCUUUCGCUUCGACCUCGACCUCAGCUCCUCGUCAUGCCGGCAAUGAUGACGCCCCUGCGCCGAUCUUACCCCGGCAUGUCAUCCGAGAAGGCGACAAUGUCCUCCUGCGUCUCCCCUCGACUGUCGUCAAGACCGUCAAAGUCACUCCCAGCGGGUCAGUCCAGCUCAGUGUCUCAAACUCCCCCCCAAGUCCGUCUCCCUCUCGAGCGACUCUGAGCUCAUUCUGUCUUGUCAUGUGCCGCGCAGAACCAUCUCACUCGGUAAAUACGGCUCUUUCAAAGCCAGUCAUCUCGUUGGAUUACCUUAUGGGCCGACGUACGAAAUCCUCGAUGAUGGAGCGCUAAAGAUGGUACCGCGGCAGGUCGUCGCCGAGAUUGGUAAUUGACCCUGUUCAUGCUAGAGUAUAACAAUGACCUCGGUCUGAUGUGCACUACCUCUCUUAUCGCAGAGGAAACCGAGGCAAACAACCAAGAGAUUACUGCGACGGGGGCACAGUCCUUGACCUAUGACGACAUCAACGCUUUCAGGUCCGAAGGAUUGUCAGGGAGGGUCAGUCGAGCCAAAUUCUUAUCUGCGUCGGACGCUACGACUCGGAGUUCUCACCCAUUCAAACUUGGCGUCCUCCUACAGCAAAUUAUCGAGAAGCAGAUUCAGCAACAUGCCAACUUUGAUAAAAAGACAGAGUACUCAAAGGACAAGUACUUGAAACGCAAGGAGGCAAAGUAAAGCUUCUCUCCCACCCUCGUUCAUCCCUGGCGAGCGAUUUUGACACCCACCCAAUACCCAAUAUGGGAGCGGCUCCCAGAUACCUCCGAGUCUUCACCCCCAUCGAACCGACCGUGCACAACAUUUGCGAAUACAACUUUGAGAAACAAUCGGCCAAGAUCCGUGAAUUGCGCCCCGACACAUUGAGCAACAUGAUGAACAUGGCCAACGUGCGACCGGGAGCGAGGUUGCUCGUUGUCGAGGACGUGCAUGGGAUGGUCGUUUCGGCUUGCGUUGAGCGGAUGGGGGGUGAGCAUAUUCCGUGUGAUUGGGAUAAGUGAACGGAAAGCUGAUCCGAAUCCCGGCUCCUUCAGGCCAAGGUCGUCUCAUCAUCAUCAACGAUUUCGACUCCCCACCCGACAUUCACAUCACCGAAUCCUUCAACUUCCCCCCUUCCUCCCUCGAACCCAUCGGUUCCUUACAUUGGGGCAUGACCGACCCUUCUUGGGUUCCCGCCGACCUUCCCCUGGAAGUCAGUCAAGCGGUAUUGGAAAAGACCAAGAAUUCGAGGGAUAUUGCCAAGAUCAAAAGGAGGAAAGCGGCGUUCGAGCUGAUGGAGAAUACGAGGAAGGAUUUUUUCGCGGGCGCGUUCGAUGGGUCCGUUCGAUAGGGUUCUUCACUCUCAAGGCAGGCACUAGGGAAGAAUCAAUGCUGACGUCUGUGGGUAUCUUUGACGUGAGACAGGGUCAUCUUGGCGACUCCGUAUGAACCUUUGGGCGUGUUGGAUCGAUUAUUACCUUACAUCGCCGGAUCGGCACCCAUCGUUAUUUAUUCACCGCACCAAGCCGUACGUACUAAAUGAAAACCCAAAACCCACCCUACUCCCAAGUCCUAAAACCAUACCCUCUUUACACCCUUGGCCCCCAGACCCUCUCCGAGGCCUAUCAAUCCCUACGCACCUCACCUCAUUUCCUCUCCCCUACCCUCUCCGAACCUUGGCUGAGGAAAUAUCAAGUCCUCCCCGGUCGAUGUCAUCCCGAGAUGAACGGUCUAGGUCAUGGUGGGUUCUUGUUGACUACGACGAGGGUGUUUGAUAAUCCGGAGGCGAAUAGUCAUAAAGUAAAGGUGGGGAAGAAGAGGAAGCUUGAGAAUGGGGAUGGGGAUGGGGAGAGGAAGGGGGAGGGGGUGAAGAAGGGGAAACUUGAGGGGGAUGGGGAGGAGGAGGAGGCUGCGGCUGCGGCUGAUCCGCCGCCGGAGGGGAUGGGAGAAGUGGUGUAG